GGCCUCUACUGGGGCGGAGCGCUGAGUACCCAGGGCUCUAGUAAGAAACUUCCCUGAUCUCUGCAGGCCGCCGGUGCUGUGACCAUUCUGGCGCUUCUCCAGGCCGCGGGUCCUGGUGACCUUUCUGUCGCUUCUCUGGUGGGCGCGCAGCGAUGGCGCCGAAGUUGAACUUGCUGCUGCUGGUUGCAUUUCUGCUCAGCCCCACCCUCGUGCGCUGCACCUCCCCUUUGCCUCUGGUUCUCAACACUUGGCCUUUUAAGAAUGCUACAGAAGCAGCAUGGAGGAUGUUAACAUCUGGAGGUUCCACACUGGAUGCAGUUGAAAGUGGCUGUACUGUGUGUGAGAAGGAACAGUGUGAUGGCACUGUAGGCUUUGGAGGAAGUCCAGAUGAAUUUGGAGAGACCACACUGGAUGCCAUGAUCAUGGAUGGCACUACUAUGAAUGUAGGAGCAGUAGGAGGACUUAGACGAAUUAAAAAUGCUAUUGGUGUGGCACGAAAAGUACUGGAACAUACAACACAUACACUUCUCGUAGGAGAGUCAGCCACUAAGUUUGCUGAAAGUAUGGGAUUUACCAAUGAGGACUUAACUACCAGUUCUUCUCGGGCUCUUCAUUCAGAUUGGCUUGCUCGCAGUUGCCAGCCAAAUUAUUGGAGGAAUGUUAUACCAGAUGCUUCAAAGUACUGUGGACCAUACAAACCACCUAGUAUUUUAAUACAAGAUGAUGCUACUUAUAAGGAAACAAGAAAUAAUUAUGGCCAUGAUACUAUUGGCAUGGUUGUAAUCCAUAAAACAGGACGUACUGCUGCUGGUACAUCUACAAAUGGUUUAAAGUACAAAAUUCAUGGGCGAGUAGGAGACUCCCCAAUUCCUGGAGCUGGGGCUUAUGCUGAUGAUUCUGCUGGAGCAGCUGCAGCCACGGGGGAUGGAGACAUUUUGAUGCGAUUUCUUCCAAGCUACCAAGCUGUAGAGUAUAUGAGAAAUGGAGAAGAUCCAAACAUAGCUUGCCAGAAAGUUAUUUCAAGAAUUCAGAAGUAUUUUCCAGACUUCUUUGGUGCUGUGAUAUGUGCCAAUGUGACUGGGAGUUAUGGUGCUUCUUGCAAUAAACUUCCAACAUUUACUCAGUUUACUUUCAUGGUUUAUAAUUCUCUAAAAAGUCAACCAACUGAGGAAAAAGUAGACUGCAUCUAAUCUAUCUUCUCUGUCAGCAUGUACAUUUAAAGAAGAAAGAAACAAAGGCCUAAAGGUUAUCGUCAUGUGGCAUGUCUCAACAUAUUCUAAAUUCUUUGUGUGUAAAACCAGCACAAAAAUAAAUGCAUGGUGAAGUGGCAGUUUCCAUUUCUGUACCUGAAAAACAUUUUUGUUACCUAUUUUUAUUUAAGCUUUGUAGAUCUUCUCAAAGAUGAAUAUGUAUGUAUUUUAUGUAUAUAGUUUGUGCAUUUUGUAUAAGUUUAAAUAGUACUGACAUUUAGAUUUCUGCACCUCAGUUCAAGAAAUUGCUGCUGUGAGGCUUUAUUUUUAUAGUUAUAUUAAGCCAAAAGAAAUAAUCUAUAUUUGAAGACUUACAGUAAUUAGAGUAUCCAGGUUUUUUAAGCCCAAAGUAAAAUAAAAUAAAAUAAAAUAAAAGAACAGUGAGUCACAGCAUGAUUAGUGCUUAUUGCACUUCAGUGUAUACAGUGAUACAUCUCUUAACAUUCUCACUUUUUCAUAAUGCUCCCUACUAGCCUGAAGAGGAAUUAAUACUGUUGAUAAUAAAGGAGCUUUCUCUUUUGCACAUUUUAGAGGGUAUGGACAGUGUUCUGAUGAGCAGUUACUUUGACUUCCUUUUCCUCUGAUAGAACUCACUUCAUGAAGUAUUUUUAGCCACAACAGUCUUUUCUGUUAACUGCUAGUAUUGAUUAUUGGCUAUUUCUUCUGAAAAAAUGAUUUAGGCAACUUGAUCUAUACUGUGAUUUGACUAAUCUUUUGUGUAGAAGUUGGUGAAUGAAAUUAGAAAGAAGUCAAUAAACAUACUGUCUAACUUG